AUGUCAUCAGAAAAUAAUAUCGUUCAAAAGAACGAAACCAAUUCACCAUUGUUGACCUCAAAAGAGAAAGCCCAAAAGUCUAUUAAGCACAGACGUAAACUUAUGAAGAAGUUCUCAAACGAAAAAUCUGCACCUGUUGAAUCCAGCUCACCGUUGUCAAUAAAAAAGAAAACCCCAAAUUCUUUGAAGGCUAAAAGCAAAAUUGUGAAGAAAUCCUCUGAUAAAAACUCUAAACUUGGUGAAUCUAGCUCACCCUUGCUACCCUCGAAAGAGAAAACUAUAACUUCAGAAAAGAAUAAAGGUAAAUUUGUGAAUAAAGCCUCUGAUGAGAAGCCUAUAGCUUCUAGUUCAAAGGAAGCACAGAACUCUGAAAAUGUUGAAAAGAUUUCUGAUAAAGAAUCUAAACCAGUAGUAAAAAAUACCAAGGAAACUCAAAACUCCCAAAACCCUAAACCUGAAGGUGCAAAAAAGGGGUUCCAUCAUGAGAGAAAGAAAGACAUGAAAAAACUUGGAGGAUUUAUCUUUAUGUGCAAUGGAAAAACAAAAGGAGAUUGUUAUCGAUACCGUGUAAUGGGUGUUCAAGCACACAAGAAAGAGUUAGUGAUGGGGAUCAAACCUGCUGCUUUUGGUGGGGCCUUUCCUCUUCAGGUUCGUUUUGAGGUUUAUAAAGACUGUCUUCCACUACCUGAGAGUGUUUUUAAGAAGGCUAUUAAGGAGAGUUAUGAUGAAAGAACUCGCAAGUUCAAGACUGAGUUAACCAUGGAUCAAGUAAAGAGACUUAUAAACUUAUUCAAGCCAGCUCCAUUGUUACAUUCAAAUCCACAAAAACCUCCUCUUGUCAUCAUGCAAGAAAGAAUGUCUCCACUUUUAUUGACCGAACAAGAGUAUAGAAGUUACGGUCUUAGAGGCGAAAGGCACCACCACCACCACCACAACCACAACCACAACCACAACCACCACAACUUAACCACUGCUCCUCCGCCUGAUCCUUAUAGACCCGGGCCCGGUCGAGAAAGAGAAAGAGAAGCUGCCCGAGAUGAUCAUCCGGUCAUCCUUGAACAAGAAAGCAUGCAGUUCCUAAACCCAAAUAUGGUGACCGAACAUGAUUAUCGGGGUUAUGGAGUUAUGUAUGAUCCAUAUAGUAAUAGAACCACCGGGCAAGAAAGAGAAGAUGAUUCGGGCAGGAGGAUCAUACCCGGGCAACAAUAUAGUAGAAGUUAUGGAGCUGGAGGCGAUCAGGAUAAUACACUUUUUCUAAGCGAAAAGGACUAUAGAACAUACGGGCUUAAACGUCAACAUGAGACUCCAAAGCCAAAAAUAGAUACAAUUUCCAAUCUUGCCCCUGCUUUGUAUCAGUCUGAACCAUAUUUGUAUGAACCAACCUCUAGUUUGGUGGAACGUUAUCUCCCUCUGCCACCUCAUCCUUCCAGCUCUUACCAGUAUGAUAACAUCGGUGUGGAAAACAGCGAGGGGCGAUUUCGUCAGGAAACAAUUUUAUCUGAUAGAAUUGAAAGGUUUUAUUCGGUAAAUGAGCAGCAACAAAACAUUGGUCAGGGUGAAUACAGCAGAUCUGCUGGAGCUGUUUCUUCUCGAUAUGCGUUUGCAGGCCCUUCUCUAGUACACCGUUGAUUGCAAAGAAAGGUUUCUUCUUUUGGUUAUCUUUCAAAUGCUGUCUACUGUCU